AUGUCAGUCUCAGGGAAACAAAUACCCAAAAAGAGGACCUUUGACGAGUUCAUUAGUGGGAGUUUGUGUAUAGAGUCACGAGACGACAUGGUCGAGUUUUUCGAGGAUAUCGAGCGAUUUAUUUUUCAGAUCUCUCCCACCCGUCGCACCGUGUCGGUCUCGUCGCGCGACCAACUUUCGAAGAAGUCUCUGAGCGAUUGGUUAAAGGCAAACAGUGAGAUGAUAGGUCAAAUGCUCUCAUCUGAGAUUGCUGAUGGUAGUGUGUUUAAAUCGGCUUCUACAACAGUGUCUUUCAUGCUCGAACUCAAAAUUCUUAAAGAUGGUCUUCUACUCACUUGGCUCUCUAAAGCUGUUCAUCAAACAUUCUUUAGUGAUGUAUCAAAUAUGCUCUUAGAUGUGGUGCAAUAUCUUUCGAAUGAAGAAGCUGAGGAUAUUUUCAAGACGAUGAGAGAAUGGAAAGGUCGCCCUGAUGUCUUUGUCCCAUUACUAAAAACGUACGUUAUAAAAUGUAGUAAGUAUGGCUUCAAAUUUGCGAGCAAAGAAAAGAUGAUCCCCGUCGUUCAGAAGUGGGUGAAAGGCUGUUAUCGACCGAGUGAAAGUGAUUGGUGGAUCAAUUCAUUAGAAGAAAUAGCCGAGUUGUUACAAGCGAAGAGUGUAGAUGACUUUUUAAGUGAGAGUGUAGAACAGUAUAUUAAUGUGAAGAAUAACAUUAUUGUGACAACAAAAGUAGUCACAAUAGCAAUGAAAGUUAGAGGGGAAUAUAGUGGGUUAGAACGGGAAUUAUUAUUUUUAAAAAAGGUUGUUGAAGUAUUAGAAACGUCUGAUAAGGAUGAGAGUGUUAUAGUUCCCACAUUAGAAUUAUUAAAAGUUUAUAUAGAAAACACACAUAUUAAUUUGAAUGCUGCAAUUUUAGUUCAAAUCUGUACGAUUAUGUCGGACGUUUUAGAUAAGACGGACAUGUUAUUCAAAUUUUUGAAUGAAAGUGUCGUGAAAGAAAAAAAAUCUCCCCCACAAGAAAUUAGCACGUCUUUAAUGACUUUCCUGGAAGGGCAUAUUUCGUCUAUUGACUCCCAAAAUGGAAUGAUUUGCCUGCAACGUGUCAUCGUCCAUUACAAUUCUACUAUAACUAAAACUAUCGUUUUUUCAGACGAAAAAAUAGAAGUUGUUGACAAAACGGGAAAUGGAAAAGUCCAUGGUAUCCAUUUGUUAUGGGAAGUCGCAAUAGCUAAUAAGAACUUAUAUUUACCUAUAGUGGAUUAUAUGGCAAAAUUCUUUUGUAAUGUCCCAAUGACCAUAUGCCCCUUUGUUGUUGACACGUUUACAUCUUUAUGUACGUCGACAGAUACAGUUUACUUAGUCAAGACGUUAAUUUUGUUUAUAGAAAAGACUAAAGAGUUGAUUAAAGACUCAACAGGUAAAAAUACGGUAGACGUUUAUUUAGAAGAGGACAAUGAUAAUCCAUUGAACUGUACGGAGUUCAAAAGUAGUUUGCAGUCCGUGAAUAGUAAACCAGAUGAUUCUAUAAAAGAAAUUAUUAAAAACUCAAAUACCUUCCUUGAUAACUUUGUUCUUUCAAAAAGAAUAGUUUUUCUUAGGACUUUUAACUGCGAAGAUUUGGGAAGAUUGCGCCUAUUAGUCACCAAAAAGUUGAAAAGUUUAGUCACCGAAAACAAAGCAAAAAUCCCAAAGGCGUUCGAAUUCGUCCAAAGCGUUGACGAGGAGGAAUUGAUCGGAAGAGUCUACUUUUACAACAAAGAAAAUAUUUUAACGGACGAAAAAAACUCAAAUCUUGGCAAAGAAGUGACGAUAAAAUUCGGCGAAUACACACCCGUCAUCUAUCAGGAACACCGCGACGAAAUGGUGAAAAAAAUUCGAUGUACUAAUAAAAAACUAGUUGAAAAACUAAUAUCUAUAAUACAGUCUAACACUCAAGUCGUCGCAUAUUCGUGUUGGCUUCUCUUAGAAGUGUUGUUCGACUUCAUCUCGGAGUUAACCGAUUUGAAUUCCGCUCUAUCAGAAAUCACAACAAAACCCACAGACGCAAGUAUACUCCCAGCCCUUGCUUUUGUCGUCAAGUCCUUAACCACAGAGAACAAAAAUUCGCUCGCUAUUUUAGAGGACAAUUUUGCGAGCAUUUUGAAUUUAACGAGCUCGUUAAUAAAACAAAGUCAACAUGAAAAAACGACGAUUGGCGGAGUUAUUAUCGAGCAACUCAGUCACAUAGUUUGGCAUGUUUUCUGUCGUGUUAAAAACCUAAGGAGCUCGAUGGAUUUUGAAAAUGUUUUAUCAGAUGAGUUUUUGACGUAUAUUGAUAGUGAGUUACAAAGAUAUUCGAAGACGAACGAAGCGAUGGAAAUGACAAGGAAAUACACGACACUGAUGUAUAUGAGUUUUUUAUUCAGCGGAAUGAUAUAUAAUAACAACAACUGCUUCUACGAAAGAUUUGUGUACUAUCUGAAGGAAAAGGAUAAGCCUAACGACUUGAACGAACUCUUGAAACUCAUUUGGUGGUAUGACGAUGAAAGAUCAAAGAAAUAUAUUAUCAAGUUCUACGAGAUGUUCUUUAAUAACAACCUCGAAACGUCGGGAUAUUACUGUGUUUUAAAGGAAAUCGUUCCACGGUACCUCUCACUCAAUGGUGAAUCUCAAGUCCUCAACACUUUGUGCGAAAAUAUAUUAAAUAGGUUGUUGAAUUAUAUCGAAACUAAUAACAAAAAUGUGAAGAAUGUCCAGGGUUUAGUCGAGUUAAUACAGUUGGCAAAUUUAAUUGUGCAAAGCUGCCCUCGUUACGCACAAACACUCAAUCUCGGAUUCUCAUAUCUUCCAUUCCUCAACGCGUUUCUUUUUCCUCUUGUGAUUGAUGAUUUUUCAGAUCAGUUCCCGCGGUGCAAAAGUCAAGAAAUGCGGAAAGCAGGCUUUGACUUUGUGAUGGAAAUAACAAAUGACGACUUCAGAUUGAAAUUGCUCCUGUCUCAUUUGUGCAAAUUUUUUUCAUUCCACACACGACAGAAAUUACAGUUUUCCCCUCCACUCAUCAAAGGAAAGCCAAAACUUGUCGAAGUCAUUUAUCAGUUCUCGUCAUUUUUCUCUUCUCAAUUUUUGACGCAAAGAUUCAAAAUUCCAGAACGUAGCCAAAUUAAUAACCCCAAAAUUGAAAACGUUUUGGAUGAAGUCCAAAAAGUCGUCCUUAAACUUCAGUCCACGCCUGACGAAAUUUGUACCACAGAGUCACUUGAACGUCUUUUAUCUGAUGACUUCAGUGAGUCAUGUGAAGACACGGUACACAUCUUACACACGUUCUUUGACAUACUGAAAAACUCUGAGUCCUCGGAAUUCUCCGGUGCUAUUUCAAUCUUAAAGCACAGUGAAAACAACUUCUCGAUAUCUCAAGAAAUAGCAAAACAAACAGCCCAUCUAGUCUUCUUAAGUUUAGAGGAAGAUGAUAUCGAGGAGGCUGUAUCUUUAACGAAAAUAACUCCUGUCGAAUCCAACUUUGAGUACUAUUUAUAUGGAACAAUUGGCAGCGAUUCGUCACAAUUUCAAAUAGAUGGGACUUGGUUUUAUUAUGGAAAUAAUCGCAUUGAUCGUGUUGAGUCUGUCUGUGUCAAGAAGCGGAGCUCUGCGGUAUUUGUUUACCGCAAAAUAAAGAUCGAAAAGGAUCCAACGAAGAAAGUCAAGUUUUCUUUCAAGAACGAAGUGAUGAUGUUCGAACAAGCGUUUCAGAAUUUUGUUUAUGGGAUAACAGUCAAAGCCGAAGCACUAGUGCCGUAUGAGACUUUACAAUUUGUCUUCUUUUAUUUCGACGUUGUUUACUUGCGUUUGCCCCGCCUCCCUUUGGCGUCCAAAUGGAAUGUCACGUUCCACGAAUUGUACGAUAUGACGCAGAACGAUGAGUGGGUACUCACGCGUUUCAAUGACGUUCAGUUGUUGGACACUUAUUCAAGAUGUCGAAGCCCUGAAAUCCGUGCGGCAGUUUACGAUUUGCUUCACACCAUUAUCGAAAAGAAUUUCAAUGACGACGUCGAGAAGAACAAACGCCUGAAGAUCGAAGAAUUUAUUAAAACGUGUUUGUUGUGUAUAGAAAGUUCUCCCUCGUUUUUGGUAGUCGAGUUGUUUGACUUCUACGCCGUCAACUCGUUCAAAGAAAUGAAUUAUGUCGUUGCAGAACUUAAUUGCUUCGAGCGUAUCUUAAAAAUUGUGAAAAGCAAAAACGGAACCUUUUUACCCAACAACUGCGCCGCAUCGUUAUUACGGACGUUCUAUACGUUAUACGUGAAUUGUGAAUUUGGUGAGAUCAAAGAUGGUAACAAACGUGUAUCAAAGCAGUUGGUCCAUUUGGACAACGACCGAUUUAUGGACGAUACGGAGUUUUUGUAUGCAAUUACUAAGUUUGAAGUUACCAAUUUGUUCUUGGAGGAAUUCAUGAGAGUCACGUUUCUUGGUAACGUCGAGAGGACGACUAAUUUCUUGUUGAAGUUCUUUCAGAAUUUGGAGGAAGUGUCAAUGCCACAAAUAGUAUUUUUGAAAAACCUCUUUAAGAUCAACGAACGAAUGUCCAAUGAAAUGGCAAAGGCUCUCAACAAGUCACUGAAAGUAUCUCUUCAAAAAAUCACAUGUCUACAAGAAGCUGUUAAUAUCGCAAACGAAAUCAUCAUCCUUUCGGAAUUGUCGAGUUCUGUUGUUGCUGCAUUCAAAAACAGUACAAAGCAAAUCAAUGAUGCGCUCAAUGUUUACGCUCUGAAAAUCGUGUUUGUGUAA